UCUUCUGUAUCUAUGAAACUUCCUCUCUAGUCAGUGGUUAUGCAAAGCAGAAAGGCUUCCCCAGUCAUUUCCCAUCCCUCCUUUACGGAAAAGGCCGAUUAGAUGUAAACAAAGCCAUGUGCUUCAAUGACAGUAAUUGUCAUUACAUCGAAACAUAGCCCACUUCCCUUCGCCCGUCGCUCGACAUACGAAGAGAGGCUUUCGGCCACAAGAAAGGCGAUGCCACCUUUAUCGUUUCUUCCUUUCUAGUCAGCACCGUGCAUUCCGCACUCUUUCACUCUCUACAGACAGACAACCUUUUUCUACAUUAUCAACUACUAACAAGCGAGCCAACCUUGUCACUAUCACUAGAAUUGCUGCUGUAUCUGUAACUACUUGUCGGGCAAACGAACAGAUCUAUGUAAACAAUAUUUCUUCCUUCUUGGUGUUGAUUCUUCGAUGUUUGUUGGUACUCCGUCGCGAGAUCCUUCAAGCGUUACAUCUACACGCUACAUUUAGUAGUGGGCUACAUCAUAUCGAUCUGAUAUCACAUCUUUCAUACAGCCCGCUACGAAGUUCCUGCGGAAAACAACAGUCGUGACUAAAUUUAUUACAGAAAGACACUAUGAAACGAUUUUUAACGGCAGUUACCCUGACACUGUUGUUUAUUCGCAACUUCGCCAUGAGCCCUAACCGGACAGAUAAUACACAGGAGGUAAAAUUGUGUCGUGAAUGGACAACUCUUGUUGAGUAUCGAAUAAAAGGGAAGAACAUUACUGUGGAUUUUAAACAAGGACCUUCAAAGUGUAAUAUAAAAAUAUAUAAUGUAACACUUUAUUAUGUGAAUUCAACCAUUUUAAGUAUGGCGGCUGUCAAUUCUUCCAAGACAACCCCAUAUCUAACCCAUGAGUUUUUUGGAAUAUGUCCUGGAAGCUACUACAUAACUGUUGAAAUAUUUGAUGAAUUUUGGAAUGAUGAUGGGAAAUGUAUAUGUCCCUCAGAUACUGGAAAGUGUGGUUUAGACUGUCAUCGGUCGAGAUCCUCUAAUUUUAUAGUGACUGGUACAUGUAGAAAAUUCAGAAACAAAAGCUCAUCAAAACCUAUUGAAUUACACAUAUUCCUUGCUCUUAUUGGUGCUAUUGUCAUUCUUGUGCUUCUUGUUCUCAGUUUUUACUAUUUCAAACGAAGAAUCCAAGAGAAAAAAGGGCUGUUAUUUUAUACAGAGGACCAUUAUUACCACUGUGAAGCCAUUGAUAAGUUUAUAUCUUUCAUGAAUAAGAGUAAAUGUAAGUUAGAAGUUGCUGCUGAGCUAGUGAGAGGUGGUGAUCCAUUAAGACUGAGUUUAGAAAUUCAAAAGUCUGAUUUUAUAAUUCUUGUUUACUCCAAAGCUCUUCACAAAAGAAUUCAGGCGUGGAAAAGCAACCAAGAUUACGUAAAUUUUUUAAAAGAGGAUAACUCAGCACUUUUGACAGUUUCCCUUCUUAGAGAACUUAACGCAAGCAAUAAACUUAUCAUUUGUAAGUUUCCUCAGAUACCAAACUCCAAUGUCAGCAGUGAAUUUCCUUCAAUCCAGUGUUACACUCUCACAAAAGAGUUGAACUCGCUUAUUAAAAAAAUCCAUGGAACAAGAGGGAAUCAUGAAUUUAACUCUUUGACAAACACAAUUAAGAAUGCUACCAACUUUGAAGAAAAUAGUCCCAAUUGGUUUGAAAACAAAUAUAUUUGCCCUAAGAAAAUGGAGUCUUUAAAUGAAAUGCUUGAUUACAGUGAAAACUUUUCAGAUGGAUGUGAACAUAGUAUUUUUUCAGUCCCUGUAAGUUACAUGUUGGAACAGAUCAAUGAGCACAAUGAAUUAUCACUUUAAAAGAUUCACAGGUUGGGUUCAUUUGUUUUAACAAAGAUUUGGUUCCAUUUUUAUAUUUUUAUAUCUCAUUCUGGAUCCUUCCUGCUUUUCUUUUACCUUUUCACUCUGCCUUUCUUCUUUUGUUACCUGACGUUCUGUAUUCUUCUUUCUCUCAUAGAAACAAAAACAGCAAAAUCCACAUUUAAUAUUAGAAAACAAAACAACUUAUUUUUUACACUUGCCUAUUUCAUUGACAUGCUACUGUGAGAAAUAGUUAUAUUUUUAUGAGCAAAGUUUCCAAAAUUCAGACAGUUUAUUAAAUUGUGAAUUAAUUGAACUCUUAAUGACCCUGAAUAGGAAGCAUCUCUAAGAUUUUCUUGUGAUAAUGCCAUUUUUUGUUGGCUCCUGCAGGGUUAGAGGAAAAUUUGAAUUCAUCAGUUCAUGCAAAUGUAACAAUUAUAUUCAAUCUGACAGCAUCAUUAGAGCAUCAGAAAAAGCUGCAUUGCAAUUAUUUCUUCUAUAGAUAUGUUCAAAGAGUGUAGGGGGUAAUAAAUAGAGAGAGUGGGAGAUGUACGAUGGUGAAGGAAAGAUAACAUGGUAGCUGAGAAUGGUGAUCAAUGUAAAAUAUUGAUGGAGAGGGUAGUAUGAAGAAUAAAGGAUAAAUAUCAAGAGAAAUGAUUCCAGAUAAUGAGAAAACAUAAGUAGUAUCAGAGGAAAGCUGGUUACAUAUGCAGUUCAGCUAAUAUUAAAUUACAACAGUAGAAUACUGCAGUUAGAGAGAUGAUUGGUGGUGGGGUUAUCUUCAAAAGGAAAAUGGGUGAGAGGACCCAAUUGUGCCUAUACACAUAUAUAUGUACAUACAGAUUGUGCUUCUAGAAUCUGUGUUACUGAGAUGAGUGGAUCUGAACUGCAUAUUUCCAGUCAUUUUGGUCCAGUAUCAUCCUCUGUGAGUUUCAAGGUCUUGAGAUCAGCUUUCAUAAUUUUUUCCCAUGUCUUUCCAAGUAUCUCUCUUCCAAAAGCUCUAUCUACAUUGAAUGACUGGUACUUUGUUUAUACAGUUGUCCUCAUCCAUGCACAUCAAUUGUCUCUGCCAGUGCAGUCAUCUUACUUGCAUUCUACAUCUGAUUCAUCUUGUGCCCAGUUUUUCUCUUAGCAUAUCUGUACUUUGUCUUUCAUGUACAUCCAACAAAGCAUGCUUUCUUCAUUUCUUUCCUGGUUACUCAAAUCCGCUGUAUUCAAGCCCCAUGUUUCACUACAAUAGAGCAUGAAAACAUCAUACAAUCUAUCUUUCACUCUGAAGAAAAAGGGUUUUGUUUACCCCAGUGACUACUAAUCAUGUAUGUGUGUAUGUGUGUGUGUGUAAAGUUGUGAGGAUCUCAAUCAUCCUGGCAAUUAACUCUAACAUAUAUUUAGCUAAUAGAGUACUCAGGAUGAAUACUAGUAAUAUUCAGUAGCUAUUAACAAGCAAUGGAAUAUUAAUUAGUUAAAUGAAAAUAAGUAUUUUGUAAAUCCAAAGUAUGUAGAAAAAAAACUGGACAUUUCAUGCAGUUUAAAAUAUAAGUGAAGAGUUUGUUUAAAUCAUACUUUGCAUGUUCAUUCUUCACGGGGAUGUAAAAUAUGCUACCAAACCACUCUAAUCUGAUGUAUGUAUGGAUGUAUGUGUGUGUCUGAAUCAUAUAUAUGUAUGUGUACAUAUUCACACCAUCUGGCCAUGCACGCACACACUCACAUACUAUUUACAAACUGAGACUUGAUAAUGAUAAUUAUUCAAAUUUUUAUUUGAAAAUACCAAAUUCUUCAUGAACUAAUCAAUUAUGAUUUUAUGAGUUUAAUUGAAGUUUGCCAUUCCAGUCUUACAAUAUUGAUUUCUUUUCAGUUAUUUCCAACAAAUCCUCUACACACAACAAUUCUUUUAAAUUUAAGAAUGAUUAAUUACUGCUUUGUAAAAAAUCUUUUAUAAUAAUAUUUGUCUUUCUAUUUUGAUAGCAUUUGUUUUUAAUACUCAUUCAUUUUCUUUGGAUUCUUCUAAUUUUCUGAAGGUUAGUUUGAUGAACUUGUGACAUAUGUUGAAAUCUAUUAAUUCUUUAAUUUUGAUACUAUGCUUGAGAUUAUGGGCAGAAGCAUAUCUGAAUCUAUAAGAAGAGAAAUUCCAAUAUCGGUUGGUUAUAUACAUUCUUAUGAUGCAUUUAUUUUUGUAUACAUUAAAAGAUAUUGAUUCAUAUAAAAUAAAUAUUCAUGUUUAUAAGAUUGAUUAUCAUCAGAAAGGUUUUGAAAUCAUUAAAUAUUAUAUUUCAUUUUUUUAAUAUUCCAUAUAAAAACAAAAUCGAUUUGUGGUAUUAAUUACUAAAACUAGUUGGAUUUACAUUUUUCUUCAUACACAAACAAUCCUCUUCACUGACAUAUAGAGAAGUUAGAUUUGACCAUGAAUAGGUUUAAACGUAAUUGUUUGGAAAAAUUUAUGCAUAAUAACAGAGCUGCAUUUGUGUUUACUGUCAUCCUAUGGAAAUGGAUUUCAUUGUUAAGGACAUCCAGCCAUAGAAAUUAUGCCAAAACAGAUAGUUGGUGCCUGGUGCAGGUCUCCAACUAGUCAGCUCAAGUCAAAAGGUUCAACCCUUGCCAGUAUGGAAAACAUGUUAAUUGACAAUGAUGGUGAGAUUUUAUAUUUCAAGAUUCACGGUUAAUUAAAAUUUCUUAAUUACUCACUUUUCAUCAUGUGUAUAUUUCAUCAUACAUAUAUUUUUAUUACUCACUUUUCAUCAUACAUAUAUUUUACUAGCAAGUUAUUCCAAAGAAGACUGAAGCCUAUAAACCUGACAAUGAUUAAUAAAUUAUUCAUAUUCCAAUUAAUAUUACAAUAUUUUACCAUUUAUAAUUUCAAAGUAUUAUUUUUACAACAAAAAGGAACAAAAUUGACAUCAGUCUGUUGAUAUAUAAAAAAAAUAAUUACAAUUUUCUGUUUAUUUUUACUACUUUUGUACAAAAAUUCUUAUAACAAUUUAUGGUGCCGACUCAUUCCAUUUUAUACUUUUGUAAAAUUAUGGUUCUCUGUUUUAAAGUGUUUUGUUGAUCAUGUUUUAUUUAACCCAUUAGCAAUUAAACCAACCAGAUCCAGCCUCUUGCACCUACCCUAUAAAGUCAUUUUAAAAAUGAACAAUCACAUCAUUGAAGUUAUGAGGUUAUGUGUGAUUAGUUCAAAGCAAUUUGAAUAAAUAAGCAUUUCAUUUGACAGAAUAAGCUGAAUGCUAAAUGGUUUAAAUAUUUGUUGCCAUGAUAAUAGAGGAGGUAAUUUUGGCUCAAGUAGGAAAUGUGAACUACUUUGACAAACCAUUUACAGAUAUAAAAAAUAUUUCAUAUGUAAAAUGUUUUACUUUUUAUAAGCAAGAUAUUUCCUGUUAUUCAAUAAUAUAUGUGUAGGUUUGUAAAUUUACAAUCUUUGUAGAUCUGAUUGUUUAUUUUAUUAAAAAAAUUUCAAGUUAAA